CGCUGCAACCAGAGACGGAACUGCAAGGCCGGAAGCUCCACGUCCUCACCCGCCCCUUCCGUUUCGCUUCCGCCUACCCCGCCCGGGCUGCCAGACCGGAAGCGCUCCGCUCUACCUGGAUCCUUCUCUGGAUUGAAACCCGGGCGCCGCCAAGAUGCCGGCUUACCACUCUUCUCUCAUGGAUCCUGACACCAAACUCAUCGGAAACAUGGCACUGUUGCCUAUCAGAAGUCAAUUCAAAGGACCUGCUCCCAGAGAGACAAAAGAUACAGAUAUUGUGGAUGAAGCCAUCUAUUACUUCAAGGCCAAUGUCUUCUUCAAAAACUAUGAAAUUAAGAAUGAAGCUGAUAGGACCUUGAUAUAUAUAACUCUCUACAUUUCUGAAUGUCUAAAGAAACUCCAAAAGUGCAAUUCCAAAAGCCAAGGUGAGAAAGAAAUGUAUACACUGGGAAUCACUAAUUUUCCCAUUCCUGGAGAGCCUGGUUUUCCACUUAACGCAAUUUAUGCCAAACCUGCAAACAAACAGGAAGAUGAAGUGAUGAGAGCCUAUUUACAACAGCUAAGGCAAGAGACUGGACUGAGACUUUGUGAGAAAGUUUUCGAUCCUCAGAAUGAUAAACCCAGCAAGUGGUGGACUUGCUUUGUGAAGAGACAGUUCAUGAACAAGAGUCUUUCAGGACCUGGACAGUGAAGGGAGCCCGGGCAGCCACCGUCUCCAGAGCCCUGGGCAGCAUUUUCCAGCAAGAUGUAUACAAUCUUUUGCCUUUAUUUCAUAAAGCUUUAUACAGAAGAGAGAAGAGCAUGUCUUUACUUGAAAAACUCUUGAUCAAGAAUUCGGGUGGGAGAAAAGAAAGUGGGUUAUCAAGGGUGAUUUGAAAUUUUCUGCAGCAUUAAGCUGGCGCUUAAUAAAAAUAAGUAAUAAUAAAGAAAUUUCUAACAUUCUA